AUGGACGAGACAGCCGAGAUGCUAGAGGCUUACGCUGGAGGUUUGCAACAAUCGUUCGGAUCGGUUUUUGAACGUGUUGGGCAAAGCUUAUCACAAAGCACCCAAGUCAUGCGCAUGAUGAACGAGGUGAUGGAAUCGGCAAUGCUGCAAAACUUAUUCAUUUCGACAGACUACGAAGUCGGCGGAAGACUAAUUAUAAAGGUGCGAAACGACUCGCACGUUAUGUUGGGCCAAAUUAUAAUUAGGGUGCAGCUACACGAGUCGAUUACAGUAAAUUUUUCUGAAACGAUUGAGUCCCUCGGUGCCGGAGUGAGUGUCCGAAUGCAAGCGCCUAUAGAUACUGUAACGGGCCCUGUCCAAGGAUUCACAGAAUUAGAAUGCAUCAGCCCAGGCACGCAACAGCCACUGAGGAAACGCUCGCCUUUUCGAAUAUUAUCGUGUCAGCAGGGAACCUUUGAAGCCUUACAGUGUGGAAAGGAAGGUGCUGCUCCUGGUUUAACAGAAGUGACGGUUGUUUCGGACAAAAUUGUGCUGGCCAAACUGAGAAAAUUGUUAAAACUCAGUCCCAUUGACGGCAUUCUGAUAAAUGAUCAGGGUAGGUAUCGUUUCCACCCAGAACGAGCGCCGGACAACGAUACUGCACUCUAUCUUGCGGUUACGACAAGAGAAGAUGGUGAUGCAGUAUACCAAGUCACGGUGUCAGCGGCAGGAAAUGUUUGUUCUUUUGCAGAUCGCCAACUCCAUUGUCAGCAGCUGAUCGACGAACUCGAGAUCGUCGAUUCGGUCAAUCAAGAUAAGUGA